CUGUGCGGCUCGCUCACUCUAUUGCUGCUGCUGCACCGCUACUCCCCACUUACAGCAGCAAGUUGUCUGGACUCUGGUAUCUAACGCUCUGCCCUACAAUGUGCAAACAGCUGGGUGCCUAGAGGUGUCUCCAAAAAUCUUUGCGGUCAGACUGGGUUCUAGCCUGAGAAUUUUAAAUCUUGGAAAGUUUGUCCUAACCAGAAUUACAACACUGUCAUCCUUUACAUUCAUCGAAAAAGCCUGCAGUCCGGCUGAAGCCAUGCCCUGUGUUCAGGCUCAGUAUGGGUCAUCGCCUCAAGGAGCCAGUCCAGCUUCCCAGAGCUACAGUUACCACUCAUCAGGAGAAUACAACUCCGAUUUCUUAACUCCAGAGUUUGUCAAGUUUAGCAUGGACCUCACCAACACUGAAAUCACUGCCACCACUUCUCUCCCCAGCUUUAGUACCUUUAUGGACAACUACAGUACAAGCUACGACGUCAAGCCUCCUUGCUUAUAUCAAAUGCCCAUCUCUGGUCAGCAGUCUUCUAUAAAAGUUGAAGAUAUACAGAUGCACAGCUACCAGCAACACAGUCAUCUUCCACAUCAGUCAGACGAGAUGAUGCCACAUUCGGGCUCAGUGUACUACAAAUCCUCAUCACCCCCAACAUCCAAUACCCCUGGUUUCCAUGUUCAGCACAGUUCAAUGUGGGAUGACCCUGGCUCUCUUCACAGUUUCCAUCAAAACUAUGUGGCCACCACCCACAUGAUUGAUCAGAGGAAAGCUCCUGUGUCCAGACUUUCCUUAUUCUCUUUCAAGCAAUCUCCUCCAGGAACACCGGUGUCCAGUUGUCAAAUGAGGUUUGAUGGCCACCAUGUAUCCAUGAACCCUGAAACAUCAGGAGCCCAUCACAUUGUAGAUGGACAGACUUUUGCAGUACCUAAUCCCAUUAGGAAACAGGCAGCCAUGGGCUUCCCUGGGCUACAGCUUGGACAUGCUUCCCAACUCAUUGACAGCCAGGUUCCAUCCCCCCCUUCAAGAGGUUCUCCAUCAAACGAGGGUCUGUGUGCUGUAUGUGGGGAUAAUGCAGCUUGCCAACACUAUGGAGUUCGUACAUGUGAGGGGUGCAAAGGGUUUUUUAAGCGCACAGUCCAGAAAAACGCAAAAUAUGUUUGUUUAGCAAAUAAAAAUUGUCCUGUUGACAAACGACGCAGAAAUAGAUGUCAGUACUGCAGAUUUCAGAAGUGCCUUGCAGUUGGCAUGGUCAAAGAAGUGGUUCGCACAGACAGCUUGAAAGGUCGAAGGGGUCGUUUGCCGUCUAAGCCCAAGAGUCCCCAGGAGCCAUCACCACCAAGCCCCCCGGUGAGUCUGAUCAGUGCCCUAGUGAGAGCUCACGUCGACUCCAAUCCAGCAAUGAGCAGCCUGGACUAUUCCAGGUUUCAAGCAAACCCAGAUUAUCAAAUGAAUGGGGACGACACUCAACACAUACAGCAAUUUUAUGAUCUUUUGACUGGCUCUAUGGAAAAAAUUAGAAGUUGGGCAGAAAAGAUCCCUGGGUUUUGUGAUCUCCAUAAACAGGACCAGGAUCUCCUAUUUGAAUCAGCUUUCCUUGAACUUUUUGUCUUGCGAUUAGCUUACAGAUCUAAUCCAGCCGAGGGCAAACUUAUUUUCUGCAAUGGGGUUGUACUGCACAGGUUACAGUGUGUCCGUGGUUUUGGGGAAUGGAUAGACUCUAUCGUUGAUUUUUCUUCCAAUUUGCAGAGUAUGAACAUAGACAUUUCUGCUUUUUCCUGUAUUGCUGCUUUGGCCAUGGUCACAGAGAGACAUGGUUUAAAAGAACCCAAAAGAGUGGAAGAAUUGCAAAAUAAAAUUAUAAACUGCCUCAAAGACCAUGUAACAUUUAAUAAUGGUGGAUUAAAUCGUCCAAACUACCUUUCAAAACUUUUGGGGAAGUUACCUGAACUCCGCACCCUUUGCACACAAGGGCUCCAACGCAUUUUUUACCUGAAACUGGAAGACUUGGUACCGCCACCUGCAAUUAUUGACAAACUAUUCCUGGACACAUUACCUUUUUAAAGACAAACCUAAAAAACAUUUGCAAACAUUUAAAUGGACUUGAAAUAAAUGAACUAUUCCUGGCCAAGAGACUGGACAUGUGAGCAGAAGCAGUUUGGGUGCUAUGUUGCCAGCAGACACUUAUAGCUCUUAACCAGAAGGAUAAAUGGGCACUUCAGUCCCAAGACUUGAGGGAAAUCACUUGCCAAAUACAGUGCUAUCAACAUGUUUAUUUUUAUUAUCCGUCAAAAUGAAUGAUGAAUAGAAGGAGCAACAGUUGAAUAUAGCAAACAUGAUCUAAGUAAAAAUAAACAAAAAGUAUUAAGGUGAUUCACCAUAAUAAAGACUAAAGUUUUCUGUUGUAAAAGGAAACUGUAAUAUAAUGUAAAACUAAUUGUUCAGUGGAGUGGCAUGAAAGAUGGAAGGCAUAAAAAAGAAGCUUGUAUAUGUAUCAAAAUACAGUUUAGCUAUUUUUAAUUAUUUUGUGCCUAUUUAUGAAUAAAUAUUAAACAAAAAUCUACAAGCUGUGUUUGCAUAUACGAAUUAAAUACCAAGGAAUUAAACACAAGUAAAUGCAUAAAAAUGAAGCAUGUUUAUACAGUACUAGGUCAGAAAAUGCUAUAGACAAUUGCUAUUUAAGUAAUGUCUAUGUUGUAUAAAUAUUAAAUCAGACACUAUGUAGUCUGUUAGAUUUUAUAAAAUAUUGGUAGUUAUUCCAGUUUAACACUUUCUCAACUGUAUAAAACGGGCACAAGUAUUACUGAAUAUAAUAAAUAACACGACAAAGGGACACAUUGUGUUUGUAACACUGUCCAACAUUCCUUGUUUGUAAGUGUUGUAUGUACUGUUGAUGUUGAUAAAAAAGGUUUAUAUCUUAUUUUGUGGUCUACUGCUAAAUUAAACUUGCAUGCAACAGCUUUUAAACGUUUCCAGAGUGCUAAAGCAUUAUCACUGGGAAUUACUAAGCACUUUGAAAUUUUUAUGUCUAAAUUGUCAGUUAAUAUAUUAUUUCAUGUUUCAGUAAAAUUUGUAAUAUUGCCAUAUUCUGUAUUAUUUUCCUUUGUAUAUUUCAGUAUGGCACGUUACAGGUCACUCACUGCCUUUUUAUAUGGUGUAUGACACUUUAGAUUAUUUUUUAUUUUUUUCAUUUUUU